GGAUUCAGAGCGUGGGAUUUGUACGAAGAUGCAGGCACAGCUGGCGUGUGUGCUUCUCCUCUGUUUGACGUGUGGCGUAUUAUGUUCAGAUGUUGACCAGGAACAGCGGGCAAUAGAGGAGGAGCUGUUGAACAGUCUCUUCACUUCAAAGAUGAAACAGAGCAAGCAGGGCGCCCCCUACUGGCGUGUGUCCCUGGUGAAUGUGUGCAGGAUGGUGAACAGCCUGAUGAACAGCCUGUCGUGGAGAGAACAGGAGGAGUAUAACUCUGAGGAGGAGCUGUGGGAGAGACUGGCCUCCCUUCCUGAGCCCCUGGACAAGCUUCUAGACCUACAGCAGAUCUGCAGAGUGCUGCAGCCCCGAGAGGUGAGGGACACCCAUGACUCACGAGAGAACUUAGACGCCGAUCAAAACAGUGACAACCCGCUCAAAAGGAAAUCACCGUAUAUUUUUAAGAGGCAGGUGAAAAACACCAAAGCUCGGAGGCCGUACAUAUUGAAGCGGAGUACAUUGUACUGA